GGGCGUGGGAAUGUGGGAAUGGGAAUAGGAAUUUGUGACGGGUCAAGUCGAUGGAAGACAAGGACGGCCUGUGGAAGCUGAGCGCCUCUUCAGGAGUCGAUAUGCCGUUGACUCUGGUGGUAACGAUACUAUAUGUGGCCUGUGGAUGUUUGUGUGUUUGCGGUCCGGAGACUGGAAGAUGGCGGGCAGCGAACGGGAGCGCCACUUUGAGUUGAUGGGAAGUUGCGCCGUUUAAGGGCGGUGCCGAAAGGCUCCGGAUCGUGGAUUGGAGUCAAAGGUCCAGUAGAACUCUCACAAUUCCUUCCCCCAUCUCCCCUCUCCACACCACUCCCUACAUGCCGACCAUCCGCCCAACCUACACCCUCCUAGCUCUGCUCGCCUGCACAGUCUUCAUCCUCACCCUCGCAGCAUUCUCCCAAAACUCCUCCGCCCUCUCCGCCCUCUCCACCCGCUCCUCGUCCUUCGCUCUCAGCAACAACAUCCCAAAAGUUCCAAAUGCCGCUAAUAAGCUGGGCACAGUAUUGUCGGGGAGGAUAGGGGCAGGGCAGUUGCAGGCAGUGAGAAAGCCAGGGGCGGUUAUUAUGAGCAAGAUGGGGAAUGAGACGUUGAAGGCCGAACUAGGCCGAGCUGCAUGGCGCGUGCUGCACACCAUGGCCGGCAAAUUUCCCGAAGAGCCCACCGAGGACGAGCAGACCGCUAUGCGCGAUUAUAUAUACCUGUUUGCGAGGUUAUACCCCUGUGGCGACUGCGCCCGCCACUUUGCCCAAAUCCUCACCGCCCUCCCGCCCGACGUCACUUCCCGCGCGACCAUAUCACAAUGGGCAUGUCAGGCGCAUAAUAAGGUUAAUGAGCGGUUGGGAAAGGCGGUCUUUGAUUGUGUGAGGGUGAAUGAGGAGUGGAAGUGUGGGUGUGCGGAGGAGUUGGGUGGUGCUGGGGAUGGGAAGACGAUGACGGUGGUGGAGAAGGAUGCGGUGAAGCCCACCGGUUGACGAUUGAGACAUUUUUUAACUUUGAAAGGACCCUUUAUAUAUAG